CAUGUGAUGACCUUAUCAAAUAUUAGACAUGUCAAAAUUUACUUAUUUAUACAUCCAACAUUUUUUAAACAAAAUUGCAAACCCACAAGAUACAACCAAGCAAACUAAAAGUAUUUGUAACUAGAAAGAACAAGUAAAUGGAUAUGAAUUAUUUUCUGAUAGUUUUUGGGAUAGGCAUCGCCGGUUGGGUGAUAAUAGCCUUGGUGACUACUGGAGUAUGGUUUCUCCUCAAAAAGCUAAAUCUGAUCAGGCGAGAAUCUUAAUAAAUUAAGCUCAUUCAACUUAUAUUCUUCUUUGAUCAUUAUCUAUGUUAAGAGCAGUACUCAAUACGAGUUUUUGAAAGACAAAUGUUAUUUUGUGCAGACAAGAAUUAUGUAUGCUUAUUAGUUCUUUAUAUUAUACACAUCUUUGCUUUAUCCAUUAUAUAAUUCACUAAUCAAAAUUAUGCAUAUUCACUUCUUUGUUUUAAUCGUUUAUAACAUUAACUAAAAACAACCGAUAGAAACCCUAACAUGUUAGUCGUAACAAGCAACAUGUGAACUAGUAAGCAACACUGUUAUAAGCCCACACUAGCUCGAUUCUACAAAUUACAGUACAACCACAGGUUCCACUCUUAACAUAAGCACAUAGUAGCAAACAUUCAAACACC